GGUUUUUUAUUGUGUUGUUGCUAUGGUGCUGUGUAUAACCAGCUGGAGACUGCAGCAAGAGCCAAGAAAUUCCUGCCUUAAGAGUGUGAACAUAGAGUAUCGGCAAUUAUCUCAUCCCUGCUCAUUGAUACUCACACUGUUGCCAAUGUAUUCUUUUAAACGUGUGUGUGUGUGUGUGUGUGUGUGUGUGUGUGUGUGUGUGUGUGUGUGUGUGUGUGUGUGCGUGAGGAACUGAACUAGCCAGUGUGUGAAGAUAUAAAUGAAUGAGAUGGAUACACACAGCAUGUAUAACUAUUAUUUAAUGUAUUUAAAUCAGCUUUACUGUGUUAUAUAUUAUGAGACUGUUCAUAACUUUUGGGGUUUUUUACUCGUUAUCUACAUUUGAAUUUGAAACUAUCAGACAGGUGCAUGCACACAAAGUAGAAACAAAACAGAAAGUGAUCGUAUAAGUUUCACAAGUGCUAAUGCACUUUUAUUUUUACCUUUGGAUGGAGCCAUCCUGGCCAUUUCACCCUGCUUCAAGUCUUUAUACUAAGAUAAGCCCGGCUGACGGCCUGCACAGACAUGAGAGCUCUGUUGAUCCUCUUAUCUAACUCUUGGCAGGCAAAUAAGAGUCUUUCCAAAAACUAUUCAUCUCAGUUACUGGCUCCUGCUCGUUCUCUCUGUUCUUCACCAACUGUGUCUCCCUGCAAGCUGUUACUUCAUUUUUCAGGGUUUGAGUAAUGAACACAUUUGAAAUCCCUUUUGAAUCUAUAUCAUCAAUCAAUACAUUGAUGUAUUUGAUGUGUAAUUCAUCAUUAUUUACCAUUAACAAGUUUUAAGCUUCUAACCACACAUUACAAAUUGUUUUGGUCGGGUUCUGGUGGAAGUUAAUGCGUUUCGCUGUGCGUCAGCUGUAAUUCAUUUAGCAGAGGCAGGGACCUGACUGAUGUGCUUUUGGCUUCUGUUGCCGUGCACUGCUUUUGAAAAAUUUAACUUUUUUCAUAUUCUAUGCCAGGGCGAAAAUGAAGUUAACUUUGAGAAGUAUUCAUCAAAAUGAAUGAAUCAAAAUGCCAGCGUUGCAACCGACACUGCAAAGAAGUGAUGCAGCAUGUUUCCCAGAGCUACUGGUAUUUUUAGAACCAAACUGAACUUCAGACGGUUACACUAAUCGAAAAGGUUUACGUACAACAAUCUUUUCUCUUCUCUUUGUCUGCAACCAAGCUUUGAGGAUCUUUGACCUAAUUCCAGGUGACCUGUGUGUGGCUGCCAUCACACCAGUGACAGCUGUGGAAUGCUGGAGUUUCUAUAUGAGGGGUGUGUCAAUGCGGGACUUGGAAAUAUGAGGCUGAUAAGACAGACAGAUACUGUGGAUGUUUGAUUUGGAGCAGAGGCGCAGUAUAAAACCUCUUUCAUAAUUCUGCCGUGUUAUUUUGUGACUGUAAGCUCCAGUGGACCUGUUGUGGAUAUCAGACCUUGGAUGACACACACUGAUUCACACUGACUGCUAAUGACUCCAUCUGUUCUCCUGUGGUAUGUCUGCGAGCGGCUGGCUGCAGCAGCUGAGUACCGAACAGACUGACAGAGAGAGACACUGCACCUCACAGAUCAGCAGGAGCGAGGGGAGUUGUUCAGCCAGGUCAUGUGUUGUGUAUCCUCCCCUGUCCCAUGUGUUUGUGUUCAGUUUUUGUAGUCUGUAUGACCGCCACUGGAGGUCAGCAAAACACUACAGCCCUCACAGAUAUUUCAAGUCACCAAAUGAUGAAAUCUAAGAAAGGUACAUUUGUUCAGGUAAUUUACUAAAGUGCAAUUUUUACGGUACUUCAUAAAAAAUUCCAUUUCAAGCAUCUUUAUUCUUCUACUUUACAUUUCAGAGUUUCAGAGGGAUGUAUAUAGCUAUGUUUUCAUUUUUCAGUCAUCGUUAUCAAGUUGGGAUGGUCGGAUCAUAAGGGAUCAUAUACUAAGAAAUAAAGAAAAUAAAUAAGAUAUACUGCUCUAAAUUUAUUUGACUUUAUUGCAAAUUAGUUUUGCUGAUUCAUUUCAAUUCCUCAUAAUGAGCAUAUUAAACUAUGUGACAGAUCAUUAGUCACAUCUUAACCAGAUGUAACAUUAAAAUGUUUAUGCUUCUGUAAUAAUAAGACAAAAGCCUAAACACCAGUACGAGUCAAGGACACUUUGAUACUUUUAUACUUACAUUUUACUCACAUUAAUAGCAUGAAUGUUGAAUGCAGGACUUUGGUAUUGACAGAUAAAUGGAUAGAUGGAUGGAUGGAUUGAAUACUAAUAAUUUUAUAUAUAGAGAGAAAGGUAUAGUGCCUUGCUUGUUAUAUAUUAUACUAUAUAUUAGUUGUGCAUUAUGGAUAUUUGGCUCAUUGUGAUAUAUUUAUCCUUUACGCUUGCCAUACCUCACUGUGAAUGUUAUUUACCCUCCUCAGCUUGUCCCUCCUCUCCUCCUCUUUGUCUCUGCUCACCACCUCAUUCUUCCUCAACCCGUUUUUAAAUUAUUUCCUCUCAUCCUCACCUCCGCGCACCCUCUUUUUGGUUUUCAUCUGUGCCAUCCUGCCAGGUGAACACUAAUGGAUCGGUAUGGCUUAUUCACUGCUGACCCUCGGCCAAUUGAAAGUGGGAUAAAUGGGAAGCCAAAUUAAAAGUCAUGGACCCACCUCCCUCUCCUCCUCCUCCUCCUCUUCUUUAACCACAUGUCCUCUAAUCAGAGCCCGGCUCCAGAUCGCUCCUGGGCGCUGCGUCAAGACGCUUUCUUCACGGUUGAAGUGCUGAGACGCGCGCAGAAAAGCUCACAGCAACACGGAGACCAGAUGAGCAGCUCUGAUGCCCGCACAGCGACAUCUUAAUUUUUUUUUUUUCAUUGAUUCACAGAAAGUUUGGCACCAUUUUUAACGUGAUUAUAGACAUUCUUUUUUUUAUUAAAAUAGAGGCUUGCGCAAGUGCGUAAAAUCCAAAGAUGGUUCUAGUUUUACAGGAGGUGAAGCUUUUGGAUCUACAGUCAUGACUUUACUGAAUAUCACCUGGGGAUCAAGUUAAAAUGUCUGGGGAAUUUAUCGGAGGUCUGUACGAAGACUCAGCGGGAAUAGGGAUUAACUUCAGCUUCGUUUUUAACGCGACCAACCGCUCCGCCUCCGCUGACAGUUUCCACCUGUCAGACUUUGGAAAAACGGACUUUGUGGGAGAUGGCGCCGCGGUUGUCAGGAUUAUCAUCUCAGUCAUUUACUCUCUGGUGUGCGCGCUCGGUCUGGUCGGGAACCUGCUGGUCCUGUACCUGAUGAAGUCCAAACGCGUGUGGAAGAAAUCCUCCAUCAACCUUUUCGUGACAAGUUUGGCGGUGACCGAUUUCCAGUUCGUGCUGACUCUGCCGUUCUGGGCGGUGGAGAACGCGCUGGACUUCACUUGGCUCUUCGGCAAAGCCAUGUGCAAGAUAGUCUCCUAUGUGACAGCCAUGAACAUGUACGCCAGCGUGUUUUUCCUCACAGCCAUGAGCGUGGCCCGGUACUGGUCGCUGGCCUCCGCGCUGAAGGGCAGGCGGCGGCGGACGCACUGCUGCUCGGCGCGCUGCAUCACGGUCCUCAUCUGGUUCGCCGCUGUCUCCGCCGCGCUGCCGCACGCGGUCUUCUCCACAACCGUCAGCGUCUCCAACGAGGACCUGUGCCUCGUUAAAUUCCCCGAAACCAACGGGAGCGCACAGUUCUGGCUCGGGCUCUAUCACUCUCAGAAAGUGCUGCUGGGCUUCGUGGUGCCUCUGGGCAUCAUCUCCGCCUGCUACCUGCUCCUCUUGCGCUUCAUCACCUCCAAAAACAUCAACUCCUCCAGCGCCAAACGACGCGCCAAGGUCACCAAGUCCGUCACCAUAGUGGUGCUGUCCUUCUUCCUCUGCUGGCUGCCCAACCAGGCGCUCACAGCCUGGGGCAUCCUUAUCAAACUCAACGUGGUCCACUUCAGCUACGAGUACUACACCACGCAGGUGUACGUCUUCCCCGUGUCCGUGUGCCUGGCGCACUCCAACAGCUGCCUGAACCCCAUCCUGUACUGCCUGAUGAGGCGGGAGUUCAGGAAAGCGCUGAAAAAACUCUUCUGGCAGAUGACUUCGCCGACCCUCACCACCAUCAGGCCGAUCACAGCCACGACAAAGCCAGAGACGGACGGACAGGGACACGUCCUGGUCCCCCUCAGCGCGCCCGGGGAGGCCCCUCUUGUGUUUUAUCCUCCGGGAGCAGUGAUGCACAAUGACAGGAGAGAUCUGCCACAAAACAGCACUUAGUCUAAAGUGCCACGGACUGUGUACUUUAAUGCUCUGUGAGUUUUAUUACAUGUUUUAAUGUUAAUGGACAAUCUCUCGCAGUUGGCAGAGGGGCUGCAGUGUGCGUCCAAGUUGGAUGUGCGUAAUUGGCGAGAAGAGCGCAAACAGAAACUGGCCUGUAAACCACCCAUCAUCUCAGUUAAUCACAUUGGCUCCUGCUUGUCUGUCACUUUGCCCACUUCGCAUCUGUGGUUUUGCUCUCAGCUCCUCUUUAAAAUAAAAGAGGGGAGGGCAUUUUCUCUUGUGCCAUAUUCGUCUAAAAUGUCAAAUGCGCAAAGUAAAGUGCAUUGACAACAUCGUGGCCAGUAUUCAUUCAUGAAAUCGUUCUGACGUCACAUGAAUCCAUAUCCUCAUGUUUAAGUCAACGAGUUUCACACCGUACCGAUAAUUGAUCUAGACAACGUUAAUGAAUGCAUACAGUAAAUUCUGAAUGUGGCAUGAGCCUAUGGUGUCAAAAGCAAAAAAAUCGCCUGCACGCCAAACACUCCAGAAAGGUGAUUUAUACCAUUACAGCAGUUACAUCACACUAUAUUAACUAAAGUAAUGUACAUUAGUGGUUAUAAUAACAUUCUCUUAAACUAAUUUGUAUAAACACAAGGAGAGAAGCUCCUCAUUGUGUUAUAAAUUCACUUUAUUUAAUGAUUCUUGUCUCAGGGAGUUUGAUUGUAUAUUGAGUUAAUAGCUCAGAGUUUGCUGUCUUAAAUAUUGUAAUUAAAUUGAUCUGUGGCCCAUA